AUGGCGUAUCGGAGGAAGCACGCCGUCGCGAAGUCGUCCACGUUCGAGGUGUUCCGGUCCUCCGCCGCCACCGACGAUGGGUCGUCUCCUUCGUCGUCCCUCGCCGCCCAGGCGAUCCGGGCUUCCUCCGCAUACCGUGAUUCUUCCCUCUCGUCCGCGUACGGCGAGCAGGCUAUUGGCUCGGCCCGCGGGGGCUCUGAUCGGCAGGAGCCAACACCAUUGCGUCGUGUGAGCAACCCUUGACCACUUCCUAGAUAUACCUACGCAUUUUAUAUAGAUCACAUUGUUCUCAUGCCCGGGGAUUGCAUCUGUAUCUCUGAGUUCUACGCGUCACGGGAGGAUGAAGUUGGGUUCUCCUGAGAGCUGUCGAUCGACGAUGGGUAAUUAGUUAGGCUCGGUUGAUAGGGACUGUGACAAGGUAUUUACUCGCAUUUUCUGCCGGCAAUUCCAAGAAUAUUUCUCCUCAGUCCACCUUUGGUCAGGAGACAAUGGGAGGGAUUUUUAGGGAUGAAUAAUCUUCUUUUUUUGAUGUGUUUUUUCGGGGAUCGACAAGAUUUAAAAGUUUUUUUUUUCUUAUUAACAUGGGAAAUUGGUAUUAAUAUGAAGGUUUUCAUGGCGGUUUCAAGCUAGAACUCUGUAGAGCCUGAGGAAUAUUGUUCCCUUGUCCUGAACCAUUAUUAUCCUCUGUUUUUUUUUGGUUGGGCUAUCUGCUCUCACCGUCCAGAAUAAGUGAUCAUAUCCGUAUCGACAUUUCUGAGAUUUGAUUAAUUAACUAGAAGGAUUAUAUCACGCAUAUUUUUGCUUCAACAUAUUAAUAUCAUGCCGUAUAUUCUUCCUCUUUUGCUUCAUGUUUCUUUCUGGAUUUACGUCGAAUAAUAUCAUCUCUUGUGUUCUUGUGGCGAUAUUUAUGCUCCGUUCUUCGAAGGUUUGCUGUACCCUUGAUUCCCUCCAUUGCCAUAUUGAUGCAAAAUACCUCGCCUUCGUUUCUUUUCCCCUCCCCUCAAACGCUUCGCUCCUGAAUGCGGUUGCAAUAAAUAUUUUUAUUUGGGUGUUUUAUAUCUUUUUAUUCCCAUUAUCAUGGAUUCAAGCAGGACUCUGUAAUCUGGCAGCCUUACCCUCAAGAAACUGAAAGCUAUCUAUGCAUCUACCCGGGUUUAAUUAUCAGUUUCUGUUUUAUCUCUUCUUCAUCUUGAUUGGGGGCAGUAUAGUUGUCAGUGUUUUCGCUCAUUUCCGAAAUGCGAGCAGAGGAUGUAACAUCAUGACGUAUUUCAAUGGCCUCUCCCAAGUCAGGAAGAUCGAUUUUUCUGUGAUGAGAUUAUUCUUGGUGUCUGCUCUCAAGCUCAGCUUUUCUGAGUUUGCUUUUGGAUGAGAACCGAAAUAGUACAUUAUCUUUCGUAAAGAAGUGAUUUUUGUGGAUUUUUUUUGUUCCACGCCGAUCGAUAUCUUCUCUCCAUCUACAGAUGGGUUUGAAGGUUUUUAUCCAUCUGUUUUCUUCCGCAUUCUAGAUCGCAUACUCUCUUCGGCAUUUUCGUCACUUGAGGCAGCCUCUGCACAUCUGUUCUCCAGCUUCUCCUCUUAUAUAUAUAUAUAUAUAUAUAUAUAUAUAUAUAUAGAUAGAUUAAUGGGCAAGGGUGGCUUGGUUGUUCAGGAGUCAGCCAGGACUCAUCGCACAUCGAUGAAGAGCUCGGAGGAGCCCAGAUCUGAAGGGCUCUGGGGUGCUCUAACUAGAAAAGCCAAGUCCAUUCUUCAGGAUGACGGCACAGCAGAUGAAGGCAGAGGACCUGGUCGGAAUCCGCUGCAGAAGCUCAGCACAGGCGAUGGUGGUCAGGUGGGGACAGAUGAAAUUUUGUGAUCCCCUUUCUAGAACCUCUGCCCCCCAUGAAACUUGUUCAUUUUCUGUCCAAGUAAUUUAUGGCAUCCUGGAACCCACCCACCGACCCACCUGUUCCUAGAACCCGUUCCUGGCUGACUUCCUUGCGGACAUUAGUGAUGAAAGUUCCCAUGGACAUAAGUUAUGAGGGAAAGGGUGGGUUUGAGACCGCUGACCGGCCAUUCCAGCCAUGUAUGGGAUGAAAAACCCACAUGUUUCAUCUUAAGAAUCACCUUCUCCUUUUGCCAAUUUUGUGGUUUCAGCAGCCCUGCCGAUCACCAGAGGGGUUGCAAAAGCCAGAGAGCCCAGGGAUUCAGAAGCGCAUAGGUGUUUUAACAUCUUCUCUCAGCUACAUUGGCGGCACCAUUGGGAAUGCCUUGGAAGUAAGCCCUAAAAAUCAUUUUAUUGUAUAUUUUUAAUAUAGAUUUUUUCCUUUUUUUUUUUUUCAUGUGGCUUGCCCUGCCCAGAUCUCCUUUCAAGACCAAGUAAAUGGGUUUGUUUUCCUCAGGAAGGCCUGUCAAGGGUGGAGCAUCGAACUGCCGACAUCAUCCAAGAGACGAAGAAGCUGAAUAUGAGGAGGAAGAACGGCGGGUCUCAGAUGCAGAGCAACGCCAAUUCGCCUAUUUCCCCUCAGCCUCAGGCCGCUGACUAUGAGACCCAACUGAAGGCGUCUCGCAAUGUAAGCCUGCAAGUGUGAGUGUGUGUGCCGUUAGAUUUCGUGCAGUAUUAUGUCGCCCGCAAUCUUCUUCUUUCUCCGGUUUGAAUUUAUGAACCCAGCUGAUUGACCUUUUCUUUCUUGGGUUAGUAGCAAAGAUUUGCUUGGCCAAUUUUUUUCUUCUUCCCAUUCAAAAGAGUUUGUAGUUCCGGGUCAACUGAUUGAUUUUUCCUAUUUUUUUGGGUCAACUGAUGGAGGCGGAAAACCCUUUUUUUCUUGGGUUAGUUGCAAGGAUUGCUUGGCCAUUUUUUCUUUUUUCCGUCCCAUUCAAAAGAGUCUGUUCUUGUGGGUCAACUGGUUGACUUUUCAUAUUUUUGUGGGUCAACUGAUAGAGGCGGAAAACCCUUCUUAAUGGGAAGAGGAAAACAAACAAAAAAGCCCUGCUUUGUGUGAAUUCGAGUAAUCUCUUCAUCUUAAUUCAGUGAUUUGAUGCUCAUUCUUGUUCUAAGGUCGGCACUGGUUAGUCGGAGCAUAUUAUUUCUGGAUUUAUGUUGGCAAGAGCCCUUUGGGGGAUAACUCUUUUCUCAACCUCUUGUGUGGGUCAACUCUGUGCGAUGGUGGUCGCAGGUGGCGAAUGCCAUGGCGGCAAAGGCCAAGCUUCUCCUGCGGGAGCUAAAGACCGUGAAGGCGGACCUGGCCUUCGCCAAGGAGCGCUGCGCCCAGCUCCAGGAGGAGAAUAAGGUUCUCCGAGAGAGCCGCCACAAGGGAGACCACCAUGAAGACGACGACCUUGUACCUCUCUCUCUCUCUUUCUCUCUCUCACUCUCUCUCCCUCCUCCAUCUCUCUCCCUCCCUCCCUCUCAGAUGAUCACUCUCUCUCUCUCUCUCCCUCUCAGAUGAUCACUCUCUCUCUCUCUCUAAAAUGUGGGUUCUUGUGGGAGUUGACAUCUGCAGAUACGGUUGCAAUUGGAGACGCUGCUAGGGGAGAAGGCGAGGCUGGCUCAUGAGAACUCGGUCUACGCCAGGGAGAACAGGUUCCUGCGGGAGAUUGUGGAGUACCACCAGUUGACCAUGCAGGACGUUGUCUACUUGGACGAGGGCAUCGAGGAGGUCACCGAGGUCUACCCCCCGGUACAGGUGCCUCCGCCGCCGCCGCCGGAGCCCUCCUCUCUCCCCAUCCCCGUGCCCCCUCCCUCCGUCCUCAGCUCCUCGGCGGCGCCGCCACCGGAGCCCUCGCAAAGCCGCUGA